CCCGCCCGCCCGCGGAGCCCGGCCCCGAGGCUGCUGGCGGCCGUGGCGCUGCCUGGUCCGGCCCUUCCCAGCAGCAGCAGCAGCAGCAGCAGCAGCAGCCAUAGCCAUGAAGUCGCUGUGCCUCGUCACCGCGGGGGUCCUGGCCAUGACGCUGCUCAUCGCCAGCAUCUCCUUGCUGGUGGCACACGUCUUCCAGACAGUGGUGGACCUCCAGGUGAAGCAGGGAACAGUAUUGAAAAAUGGCACAGAAACCUUUGAAGCCUGGGAGGAUCCUCCUCCACCAGUCUACAUGCAGUUCUACUUUUUUAAUGUGACAAAUCCUUUGGAAGUGCUUCAAGGUGCUACUCCUCUGGUAGAGGAGAUAGGGCCAUACACCUACCGAGAAUACAGGCCAAGAGUGCACAUUCAGUUUUUGGACAAUGGUACCAAAGUGUCUGCUCUGAAUCCAAAGACUUAUGUGUUUGAACGUCAGAAAUCAGUUGGAGACCCUGAAGUGGACCGGAUUAGGACAGUUAAUAUCCCUGCAGUGACUGCGAUGGAGUGGACCAGGUCAACCUCUCUUCAGUUUGCCACCGAGGUGCUGCUCCUUCUGUUCCAAGAAUCCCUCUUCACUGUUCACACCGUUCAUGAGUUGCUGUGGGGCUACAAAGACAAGCUCCUGUCAACCAUUCAUCUCCUGCAUCCGGAGAUAGACCCAGUGUUUGGCUUCUUUAAUAAGAUGAAUGGAACUGAUGAUGGAGAGUAUGUUUUCCUAAGUGGCGACACAGACUACCUUAACUUCACAAGGAUUGUGGAAUGGAAAGGAAAAGAGUCUUUGAGCUGGUGGACAACAGAGACAUGUAACAUGAUCAAUGGAACAGAUGGGACAUCCUUUCACCCACUGAUUAGCAAAGAUGAGAACAUUUACAUCUUUUCUUCUGAUUUCUGCAGAUCUCUCUACUUGGUGUAUGACAGCUCAGGAACUGUUGCAGACAUCCCAACCUACCGCUUCGUGCCCUCUGCUAUGGUGUUUGCCAACACCACGGUCAACCCCGACAACGCCGGGUUCUGCGUGCCCCCUGGGAACUGCCCUGGCACUGGAGUCCUCAACGUCAGCAUCUGCAAGCAGGGUGCUCCAAUAUUCAUAUCAGCUCCACAUUUUUACCAAGCAGAUCCAAAGUUUAUAGAGGACAUAGAAGGCAUGCAUCCAAAAAAGGAAUAUCAUGAGACGUUUUUGGACAUCAAUCCUCUGACAGGGCUUGUCCUGCAGGCAGCCAAGCGGAUGCAAAUCAACGUUCAUGUCAGAAAGUUGCCAGAAUUUUUUGAAACAGGCAACAUCCGAACACUGGUUUUCCCAGUGAUGUAUAUAAACGAGAGUGUUCUGAUUGAUGAAGUAUCUGCCAGCAAACUCAAACAUGUCCUGCUGGAAGCCAGUGUUGUGACUGGAAUCCCCUUCAUAAUCAUGGCUCUAGGAAUUGUUUCUGGGAUUAUUUUUGUUGUGCUCGUGUGCAGGUCCCGAGGGAUAAGUGAAGAGGGAGGGGAAGUUUUAAUAGACUCAGAAUAAACGCACCAAAACAAAGGAAUGGAGCUCAUAUAAGAAACAUGGGUACUGAAGAUGAAAGAUCCCCACUCAUCAGGACAUCUUAGUAGAUUUUCUUUAACAUGUGAGCUUGGAGAAUAACCUAGUAGAGCUGACCUAAUACCAACUACCACUACCCAGCGUUGUCCACUGUGGAGAAACAAUCGUGCCAAGCGUAACUUUUGGUGGUGUAGAGAUGGAAGAGAAUCUCCACUGUCACCACAGGAGGAGACUUUUCUUACCAGCUAAGUUACAACUUCAAAACUACAGUUUAAAGCUGCUUGAGAUGCUGCUUUUUCCAACCCUGCACUCUCUUUGCACCUGCACUGACAGCCCUAGAUGUUCAUAACCACGAUACCGGCGGCAAGGAAGCGGCCUGAUUCCCUGCAGGAAGGACAACGGGUCAGAUUUGGAAGUGGCCUUCAGGAGUGUGGGCUGUGAAGCACCUUCUGGAAGCCCAGCAGGCUCCUGCAUGGCCCAGGAACAAUGGGCAGCUUUGCUGUAGGCCUGGUGUUGGCUUUUCUGCCCAGCAUUGUCCUCUCCUUCUUACCAGUGUGCACUGACUGCUCCUUAGUGAUGCCCUUGGUCGUUUCACAGCACUGAUUGGUACAACUAACCCAAAGCACUGAGUGAAACUUUAAGCAUCUGUAGUUACCAGGUAAAAAGAAGCCCACGAUUUGAAAUGCUUUUCCUUACAGACGUCUUGACUGUUCUAACUCUGCACAGCAUCCCCAUUGCAUGUUAGCAGUGCGUUUGUCCUUAAGGUUUGGGGUUUUUUUCUUCAGCUUAAAAAACAAAACACAACCCAGCAUUGUUCUUGGUGGUGGAGGGUACAAAACGGUUCAGUGUGAGUCCAGACUUGGCUGUGCCUGUGUGAGUUGGAAGCACAACCUCCAUGUCACGGUGUGAACGGGGCCAUGGGAAGUCAUAACACUUUUUUUACUUGUCAAGUAGAAACUUGUUAUAAAAAUCACAGAAGUAUUUUUUUCCCCCAAUUAAAAGAAUAUUCUCCUUGAGAAGUGUUUCCAUUGGGUCUAGAGAGUGAAACCUAUUUUUAAAAUGUAUUACUGUCUUCUAAAUAGAGGCGUUGGUUUUUGCA